AAGUUGAAUGGAACGAGUGCUGCAAACGGUAGUGUCAGAAACGAUGAUUUAUUUAGUGAACACUCUUACGUUUAUACGAUUAUUGUUUACGUUUCGUGAAAGUAACACGAUACUUUUUUCAAUUUUUGAGUCACGAUUAGGCGUCGUUAAACGAACAAGAACGCGAGAGUGAGUUUCUUUAACCGCGCUUAAUUCUGUUCGUAGCGUUCCAUUCGACGAAUCGAAACGAACUUUGUUACUAUUUUCACCGACGUAUAAUACUUCCCUUGUACCAAAAAUAUUAAUCGUUACGCGCGAAUGACGAGAUCCGCAAAAGGAAAAGAAAGUGUAUCGCGACCCUGACUGAAAAUGUACGAUCGGCAACGAGCGACAGGUUGCCCGUGAAUAGCGAUGUCACUGGACUGCAUCGUUAAAAAAAAAGAAAGUUAUGCAAACGCGAGAUUACUUGGAAUCGUUUCGCAGCAUGCUUUGUAGUUGCUUCUCGCCAAGUACUAUGUCGACGACUGACAGUCGAAAUGACGAGUUUCGUGCCGGUGAAUAUAAGCCUCGUUAACACGUAAGUGAGAAACCGUGUUUCGAAGUUUCAGGUUUAUUGUCUCGUGAUGAUACAAAGCGUCACGGGCAGCAGUGCAUAGAGCGAUUAAAAAAUAGUGGACACGUAAGUCGAAUCAUUGAAAGAGUUUUUUUCGCGCGGCUGUAAAGUUUUAGGAGUUAAUUUUACUUCCUUUAUAAGUAUAUAAAGGACGUGUAUAUGUGUCACUGUAUGUGAAGAAAAAUAUGCCUUCUCUCGUCUUUGUGACAAGUUUUUAUGGGAAAUAAAUCACAAAGAACUCGCUGACACGAAAUUCUCAUCUUCCUCGAGAAGCUUACUCUUGUCGGCGAAUUUUAACAUAUAAUUAAAUCAAAGAUCAGGUAAAAUUCUUCACAAAAUUUCCGAUCGGCAAGAACGUUAUUUUAUCUCUUUGUAGGUUUCCUCAAGCGCACGUAUUAAGAAAACGUUGGUCUGUCGUUCGCGAAUCGAACGAUUCUUUUAAUUCGUCGUGAAGAAUUUACUUUCCACGACUUGCAACGGAGCUCGAUGACAUCGUUCGAUUUUAUUAUUACAGAAGCAGACUUUCCACAGCGCGAUCUCUUCUUUCUUCAAGAAUGUUCAGAACUCUCGACGUGUAACGGAGAAAAUUGAAGAAGAAGCGAGAAGAAAAAGAGAAUUGAAACUCGAAUGUUUCGUUCGAAACGUAGCUAUAAGCAGGAAAAUUUGGCGAAAAAAAAGUUGAUAAAAAAACGGCAGAAAAAUGAGUAUCGUGACAGCAGCCACGUUAGCGAUAAAGGGUGCCACUGUGUUACUUGGAAAGGUGGCGAUAAUUCCUAUUAUCAUAGCGGCUCUGGCAUACUACAAUUACGAUCUGAUGGAUCCUGAGAAUUAUCCUAAAGUGACGAAGAAUAUAAGGAAAGAAUACGAUUUUGUGGUGGUGGGAGGUGGAUCGGCCGGAAGCGUGGUUGUGAACAGACUUUCGGAAAAUCCUAAGUGGAAUGUGCUGUUGUUAGAGGCUGGAGGACACGAAACCGAGAUAACAGACGUCCCUAUACUAUCCCUUUAUUUGCACAAGAGCAAAGUGGAUUGGAAAUACAGGACUCAGCCGCAAGAUUCCGCUUGUCAAGCGAUGAUCGAUCGACGAUGCUGCUGGACCAGAGGAAAGGUUUUGGGUGGCUCGAGCGUGCUCAACACGAUGCUCUACAUUCGAGGAAAUCGACGGGAUUUCGAUCAGUGGGAAAGUUUCGGAAACCCUGGGUGGGGUUACGAGGAUGUUCUGCCGUAUUUCAAGAAAUCUCAAGAUCAAAGAAAUCCCUAUUUAGCUCGCAACACUAGAUACCAUAGCACUGGAGGGUACCUGACGAUUCAGGACUCACCCUACAACACACCUCUAGGAGUGGCCUUCCUACAGGCCGGCGAAGAGAUGGGCUACGACAUUGUAGACGUAAACGGAGAGCAACAGACUGGCUUUGCUUUCUACCAAUAUACCAUGCGAAGAGGAACAAGAUGCAGCUCCGCGAAAGCAUUCGUCAGACCCAUUCAGUUACGAAAAAACUUUCAUCUAUCCCUGUGGAGUCACGUAACCAAGGUCCUGAUCGAUCCGCGAACGAAAAAAGCCUACGGCGUCGAGUUCAUCAGAGAAGGCCGGAGAGAAGUAGUCUACGCCAGGAAGGAAGUCAUUCUUUCGGCGGGUGCCAUAAAUUCCCCUCAGCUGUUAAUGCUCUCGGGAAUUGGACCUAGACAACACCUGGAAGAAGUAGGAAUUACGGUGGUUCACGAUUCUCCUGGAGUCGGACAGAACCUGCAGGAUCACAUCGCGGUGGGUGGUCUAGCUUUCUUGAUCGAUUACCCGAUCAGUACCGUGAUGACUCGCCUGGUGAACCUCAAUUCCGCUCUACGGUACGCCAUCACGGAGGACGGACCAUUAACCGCGAACGUAGGCUUAGAGUCCGUAGGCUUUAUCUCGACGAAAUACGCGAAUCAAAGCGACGAUUGGCCCGACAUAGAAUUCAUGCUCACCUCUUCCUCCACUAGCUCCGACGGAGGCACGCACGUGAAAAAUGCUCACGGACUCACGGACGACUUUUACAACAAAGUAUUCCAGGACAUUAAUUACCGCGAUCUGUUCGGGGUGUUCCCCAUGCUUCUCAGGCCUAAAUCUCGCGGUUUCGUGAAACUAAAGUCGAAAAACCCUCUGGAUUAUCCCCUGAUGUAUCACAAUUAUUUGACCGAUCCUUACGACGUGAAUGUCCUGAGGGAAGGCGUAAAGGCUGCGAUAGCUUUCGGAGAGACGAGCAGCAUGAAGAGAUUCGGUGCCAGAUUUCACAGUCGCGCUCUACCCAACUGUAACCACAUACCUAUGUUCACCGACGAAUACUGGAACUGUGCCAUACGACAAUACACUAUGACGAUCUAUCAUAUGAGCUGUACAGCGAAAAUGGGUCCACCGACCGACCCAAUGGCCGUCGUCGACCCCGAACUCAGAGUCUACGGUGUGACCGGGUUGAGGGUAAUCGACGCGUCCAUUAUGCCGACGAUCACCAACGGGAACAUAAACGCACCGGUGAUCAUGAUCGGAGAGAAAGGCGCGGAUUUGGUUAAGAAGCAAUGGCUAUCACGGAGGAAGAGGGACAACGCCACGAUCGUCGCAACGUGACUGGAAGAAUUCUUGCCGAGAAAUCAGCUUGUUCCGUCGAUCGCCGAAUGGAUGUACUUGCCGCGUUAUUUCGUAAAUAACAAAUAAGAGAAAAGGGACUGGUAUCGAGAUCGAUGUAGAUCGACAUAAUGGAAAUACCGUUCUCCGUCGAUACGCGCGUUUGAUUAGGCUUUUAAUUUAACGAUACGGAGGAAAGCAAGGAGCUGUGAUCGUUUAAUUGCCGUUAGGUUCGCUUAUAAGUAAUUUGUAAGUAAUUUAUCGAUCGAGGAGACGAUGACGUUAAAGGAAAUGCGUAUUUUAUAUUUUUUUCACACGACUAAGGCAUAGGAAAUGUGACUGUCGUAAAUAUGAUCGAAUCGUUUUGUCGUUACCUAUACUGUUAAUUAAAAAUCUGAAAGUGAGAAACCAAUUCGUUUUCUGUUAGCCAAAAAGGAACGUAUAUGAAACAGAUUUUCUAAAAUAUCAAUCCUAUUCUAGAAUAGAGUUAAACGUUUCGAAAGAACUUCUCGAUAAGCGUCCGCUCCUCGGAAAUUUAUGGUUUACCUAUGUCUUUUUCAAUCCUCUCACUUUCUUCUCUUGGGUCAGAUUGAAAGUUGUCAGAAAGAAAGAAGAAAAAAAGAAAAAAUAAAAAGAUACCAGAAGUAAAUUCCGUAUAACUAGAACGACAUUGCUCAAGCUUGCUAUUUAAGAAGCAACUAUUUUUUUUAAAUAUUUUUUUCUACUUUUAUAUUUUUUGUUACAUAUAUAUAAUUAUUAUAAUGUUCUCGUUUUUAUUUUAUUCCGUGUUACACAAAGAAUAAGAAGAAAAAGAUUCAGUUUUACAACUAGAAAAAUUACCGAUGAUUAGAGAAAGACGAAGAUAAAGCAUGCGACAGCUUCGACAAACUCGUUUGAAUUUUUAAAAUUCCCGUAUUACAACAUAAUCGAUAAGCAGCAUUUACACGUACUCGAUCACCCAAUGAACUGCUUACUUAUGCAACAUGAUGUAUGACCCGCCCCUUUAUACAGGGUGUGGUGAUAUUUCUCUGGGCUUUAAUCGAGAAGCUAUAAAGUGAUGAACGAAUAUCGGUCAACGUAAGCAAGAAUCAACGAUCUGCUGCACACGCAUACCGAUUACGUCUACUUUAACCAAUUUGAGUAUAGGUCGAUGUAGUUUAGUAUAUUUCAAUGAUAAUUGAGAUCAAGUCGAUCGAUGGACGGUCGAUGUUAAAUCAUGACUGUAAAUCAGAAUGUAGAUUUAACGAAUUAAAUAAAUAAGGUAUUCGGUACAGAAAACGAUACGAGUUGCAAAUAUGAAUAAGUUUCAGCUCUACGUGAAUACGCGUUACCAACAAUCUAUUACAUAAUAUUGUGAUCUACUUUCGACUCGAACAACUACGAUGCGAAUAAUACGAAACGCGAGUACGUUUUAUUUCAAUUUUAAAUACCGAAGGUUCUGCUUCUGAAAAGAUAUUGUAAGAAGCAAGCGAGCUAUCUGAAGGAGACUUUUAAGUAGAUUUGUAAAAUCGAGACUAACUAUUUUAUUUUUAUUUUUAACAGAUGGUAUGCAUAUGUAAAAAGUACUAGAUAAAUGCCAAUUCGAAUAAUUUAUACGUAGCAACAACAUUCGUAACUAACUUAUUCGUAAAUUAAAGAAAUGAAUGCGCUACCUGUGACCGAAUAAUAUUUAUUUUCCUGUAUCAUGAUAUAAAUGUCGUUACCAUUAGAACUUGUUGAUUUUGUAAAUAAUUAAUACCGUUAUUUAUUAAUAUCGUCAAAUUCACCGUAUACAAUAUGUAUAUAUUUUAGUCGUUAUCGAUGUUCCGAAAGCUCGAAAACUAGAAUAAUAGUAAUAGUAGAAAUAGUGGGAAUAUUUAAGUUAUGCUAAGUCAAUCAAUUAUAGUUAAUUAAUGGCUACAAGGGGUAGCCACCCUUAGUUUCCAAUGAAGCACUUUUUUUCAUCAGAAUCUACGUUUCAUUCUCAUAACAUCAAAUUUCUGUAACGACACGAGAGUAUGCGUUACCGAAUUAUACGAAAGUUAAUAUACUUGGACCUGAUUAAUCAGUAUGUCAAUUCUAUAGUACUUUUGAUAGCCACUGUAGCAUUAAGUAGGAUUUUUCGAAUGUUAGUCUUUUUGAAAAAUUUACCGAGCCUGGCGAUUUCAAAGGUAAAUGUUCAAAGUAAAUACACUUGCAAUUAGUCACCGUGAAAGGUAACCGUUUUAUAAUUUAUUGUAUCAAAAAAUGUAAAUGAAAUAAAUAUAGACAUGAGACAAA